AGCGCGGGGAGCGAGAGCUAAUGGCGGCGCCUGCGCCCGGGGGCCCCGGAGCCGCCGCCUCGGCCGCCCUGGACGAGCUGUCCGGGAACCUCACGUACGGGGCGCUGGGCGCCGGCAAUGGCUCCCUGUCGGGCGCUUGGUACCGCCGGAACCAGAUUCACCUUUUUGGAGUUUUGCUGGCCAUUUUAGGAAACUUGGUAAUCAGCAUUUCCCUAAAUAUUCAGAAAUAUUCGCAUCUUCAGUUGGCACACCAAGAACACCCAAGGCCGUACUUCAAGAGCGUGCUGUGGUGGGGUGGCGGCGUACUGAUGGCUGUGGGAGAGACAGGAAACUUUGCAGCCUAUGGAUUUGCCCCCAUUACUCUCAUUGCUCCAUUAGGCUGUAUGUCUGUUACAGGUAGUGCCAUUAUUUCUGUUAUGUUUCUGAAAGAAAAUUUGAGAGCCUCAGAUUUACUAGGUAUGACACUGGCAUUUGCAGGAACAUAUUUAUUGGUGAACUUUGCUCCAAAUAUAACUCAGGAUAUCUCUGCAAGAACAGUACAGUAUUACGUUGUUGGCUGGCAGUUCAUGACCUACGGGAUUUUAGAAAUACUAAUUUUCUGCAUUCUCCUAUAUUUCCAUAAAAGAAAAGGAAUAAAACACAUUGUGAUUCUGCUAACCCUGGUGGCACUUCUAGCCUCAUUGACUGUUAUUUCAGUAAAAGCCGUCUCAGGCAUGAUCGCUUUUUCUGUGACGGAUAAAAUGCAACUAACUUAUCCCAUCUUCUAUAUCAUGUUUAUCAUCAUGAUAGCAUCUUGUGUUUUCCAAGUCAAGCUCCUGAAUCAAGCCACAAAACUCUACAAUACAGCGACGGUGGUGUCCAUUAACCAUACUUUCUUUACAAUCAGUGCCAUUAUUGCAGGUAUCAUAUUUUAUCAGGAAUUCCUUGGUGCAGCUUUUCUCACUAUAUUUAUAUAUCUUUUUGGGUGUUUUCUGUCAUUCCUUGGUGUGGUUUUGGUCACAAGAAAUCGAGGAAAGGAACAUCUGCCACAGUCUUACAUUGAUUUUGGACAUGUCCCUGGGAAACAAACAUUGGACAAAAUACAACCAGAUUCAAACGGCUUAUCCUAUGGAACUUUGCCUAAUGGAAGUGACUCCACAAAGAGCCCAAGUGGAGAGAAGAAAGAGGUCUGA